GCCACGACAGGUUGAGAACCCUCCAAAUGUUUCGUAGCCCGGACCCGAAGGCGAUGUCCAGUGCGCCGCGGUGCAAGGAAGGGGGCUGUUUUAGUUGUCGUUGUGGUGGUUAUUAUUUCUGCGCUGCUGAUAUACCCAGUGAUUCAAUAGUAACGAUUCUGGCUGAUAGAACAGCGGGAUACGAAUAACGUGUCUGGGAAAGGCGAUACCCCGCGAUUACGUGCAUCGUUAUUAUUGCGCCCGAAGGUGCGCGCGCGCGCGCGCGCGUGCACACAUUACAUCUUGUAUAUACUCGAGAGGCGCAACGAUCUUCGCCUAUGUGUCUGUGUGUUUGUGGUGAGCACCGUGAUAUGUGGAAAAGUGCAAAGUGAACGAAUGAGAGAAGAGGCGCGCGAGAAAGUAUUCGUUUUCAUCGAUGCCUAAAAGAUAUGAAAACAGAGUGGUAGUUUAAGCAACAACACAGAUCGUGUGUUUUUUCUCACUCUGCCUUUCUCUCUCUAUCUCUCUUCAUUUGUCUCUUAGACGCGUGUGUUCGUUUGUGGUUUUGAUGCGGGUGUGAGUGGCAGGUAGAACAUCAAGGUAGCGAAAAGCAACGAAGCGGGAAGCGGCAUCGAACCUUUUGAACAUUGAUUUCCCCAUCAUUUUCCCGACUGUAUUAACUUUUUCAUGUACGAGCUGUAACGCAGCGGUGACGUUCGAAAACAAUUUCACGAAAAUGCGAUACGAGUUGUUAGGUCGCCUAGCGUAGUAUAUCGCCUAGCGGCGACGGGCCCAGAGAGAAGCGGCGGAAAAAUGGCGUCCGAUAACGAAGCCUCUUGCGCGAGUGACCCAAAUUUCGCGGUGAUUUGUUCGUUUCUCGAGUGCUUCGGCAAGUCCUGUGGCAUCAUUUAUCCUGAUAUCGCGCGCCUUCAAGAGAUGCUUGAAAACACACAGGAGGUACCACAACAGUUGAUAGAUCUGCACAUCAAAUUAUUACGGAAAACACGUAAAACAGUGUCACCAGAAAAGUGGGAACGAGCACUGGUUAAGUUCUGCCAUACAUAUUCUAAUCAAGAUGGAUGGGAACUUGAACGUUUUGGUUACAAGAAAGCCCGUAUUGCUGUGAAGCUACGAUUACUUAAAGUUCUUUUAGAAACACAAUUUGACCUAAAUCAAAAGUUUAAAAAUGAAGUAAACAAAUUAGCAGCUACUGAGUUACGGGUGGAACCAUUAGGAAGAGAUAAAACUGGUUUAGCUUAUUGGUAUCAGCUUGAUGAAGAGUGCAAUAUAAGGGUUUAUAGAGAAGAUUUAGAUGAAGAAAAUUGGGAACUUGUAGCUAAGGAUCGGGAAGGUGUAGUUAAUCUUAUAAAUACCUUAUCAAAUGGAGAGAUUGCAGCUAUCCCAAUUAAUGAGGAUAGUAAUAGUUUAGAAAUUUCUGAAAAACCUAUUAUUGAUACGGGACAAAUAUCAAUAUCACCAAGUUUGGAGGAUGAAACUAUGCAAGAAAAUGGUAUUCAUGCUGAAGGAUCUGAUGAAAAAGAUUUAGAAAAGAGUGGAGGUGAAGAUUUUGAGGAUGAAAGAGAACUAGAUGACACUAAUGAAGGUGAUAAUGCUGAGGAUGACAUGGAUGGUGAAGAUGAAAUAACCAAUGAUGAAAGUUCUAAACAAAAUACAGAAGAAGAGGAUUCUCAACAAACAAUACACAGUGAAGUAAUAGAAUCAAAUACUACUGAGAUACUAUCUUUAGCACCAGCAUGUCCUUUAAAAACUUUAAAUGGUAAAGUUGAUUCAUUAUCAGAAAAAGAAACAAUUUCACCUCAAGAGAAGGAACUAAAUACCAUUCAACAAACAAUGGUCACUACUAUUAUAUCUGAUAUUAAACCUGCAGAAAUAUAUAAAUCUGAAGAACAUACAACAGUAAGUAGUUCAAAAGUUGAUUCUGAAGAAUCAAUACCUCUUAAAUCAAUUGAAACACCUGUUAUUACAUCUCCUCUUAAAUUGAUAAAUGUUUCUGAAAUAAAACAAUUUCAUGAAGAAAAAAUGAUUACUGGAAUAACACCAAUUGGUAAUCCAUUGAAUAUAACAAAGAAACAUAAACAUGAAGAUACAAUAGAUUCAAUUAUGAAACCACUAGACAAAUUGUCUAGCAAAAGUAAUUUUCCUUUUGUAUCUAUGGACAUGCCAACAGCUCAUAGUAAAUUAUCUGUUAAGCCAAUAGAUCAGCUAGCUGCAAACCUUGUGAGAAUGCAAUCUGAAAAACUUGAAAAACCGAGUGGAGCGAAAUCAUUAGAAAAAAUAGCAGAAAAUCUAGCAAGAUCGGGGAGUAUUGUGGGAAACGUAAUAAAUGGAGAUGAUGAUAGAUUACCACAAGAUUUCUGUGCUAGAGGUCCAAUAGAGAAACCUAAUGUGCUUAGAGAACAUAGAGGUAUGGAUUUGUCUACAUCACCUAGAGGGUGGGAGAGUGCUAAUGAGCAAAACAGACCAAUGGAUUUCUCUGGAAUCGAUUUAUCUAGUCGAAAAUUUAAUAAAUCUAUGGAUUUACCUUCUCCUGGGUACAGGACACAAGAUUUUCAACAUAGAGAAAUGGAUCUUAGUACGAAAAAAUUAAACAAACCAGAAGUUACAAAUUUAUCAUAUGACGCUCGGGCUGUGAUGAUGCGUAAUCAUGCGAUGGUAGCAGAUUUAAGUAAAAGACAAAUGUCGUUCCCCAGUUACGAAAUGUCCUCUGCUCCAUAUCAUAAUGCAACAAGAAUACCUAGUAAAGAUGAUCACAGAUUACCAAAUUAUACAAUACUUCCAGAUCCAAGUAAAAUUACGGCUUUAAGAAUGAAUGCAACACCGGUGAAACGCCCAUUAGAAGCAGAUGAUAUGCAACAGGACAUGCUAAAAAGAAUAAGGGCGGAUGUAAUACCAAUUAGAGGAUCCAUGGAUAAAAGGCCAAUAAUGAGUAGUAAUUGGAGAGAUGAAGUUGGUGAAGCCAUUGAGGAACCAAUGAUGAUGAUUCAAGGUGAAGGGUCUGGUAGUGACUGUGAUGCAGUAAAUCCUGGUCUUGGAGAAGCAGUAGAAGAACCCAUCAUUUUUUUUUAUGGAGAAGGAUCUGGUGAAGAAUGUCAAACAGGUAAUCCUGGUGAGGAUACAUCAGCUGACAAUAAAGAAAGCAACGAAUCAAAAAACGAAGCUGAUUCUGCUACUUCAUCUUUAUCACCAAAUAAAAACUUAACUGAAGAUAGCCUUAUAAAUGAAGUGUCUGCUGGAUCAUUAGUAACAAGCAAAAGCGCUAUAAAAUUAAACAGAAAUUAUCCUCAAUCGAGUGUUAGUGUAAGAAAUAAUUGUCAAACUGUAGGCUCCACACAAGAAAAAUCAAAAUUCAAACCAACAUUGGGCAUUCAAAUAAUACCAAAAAAUUCUAGCAGUCCUAUAAAAAGGUUAUCAAGAUGGGAUGUUGGGAAACCAGAAGAAAAACCAGAAUGUGACAGUAGUAUCAUAUCAAAUGAAGAAGACAUAUCACAGAAAAAAGAUGAAACUGAGUGUGAGGAUUCCUCUAGCGAAAAUCAAGACAUUAAGGUAGAUGGAAAUUCAUUAAGUACCGAAGGUACAGCAUUACAAGAGAGGAAUAUAGAAUCAGAAAGUUCACAAGAGAUCACAGAAGAAAAUUCUACAAAAGAAAAACAAUGUUCUGUUUCUCAAGAUUCCAUGCAGUGUGACUCGUCUAUAUCUUUAUGUCAAGCAGACACGUCGGAAACGCUCAAAUUUUGUACAGAAAUUACGCCUGCAACGCAUUCAUUAAAUAACAAAGAUACUCCGCAAAAUGUUUGUGACUCCGAUAGCAUAUCUUCACACGAGACGAAUACUUCGGAAAAAGUAGAUAAUGAAUGUAAACCAGUGGCUGCAUCUCCACCCAGAUUUUUUUUUGGACCUAAUUGUAUUUCAUACACUUCAAGAUCAGAAACAUUCGAGCCACAAUCUGAUCAUACUGUUUCAACAACUAUAGAAUCUAAAUCAGACACACUACAGUAUGAAUGUGUUUCUUCUUCCAAACAAACAGAAGAUAUGAUUACUUCGUAUAAAUCAGACAAUUUUGGUGUAACCCAGAUGAAUAAUAAUUCUUUAAAAGUCAACUCGUAUACACCCGAAACUAGUAAUCCACUUCAUGAAAAUGAUAAUAAGAAUAAAGUAGAAAAGAUAGAAGGACCAACUAAUACAUGGGAACAAACAGUUUCUUCAAAAUACCCUACACAUGAACAACAUUGUACAAUGCAAAAAACAGAAAGAAAUUUGCCUAAUUCAGAAUCAAAAGAAGAAAAUUUCAAGCCUUGUGCUAUUGAUAUUGUACAAGAUUCUAUUUCUAGUAGUGAAAACACAACAAACGAAUACAUUAAACCUGAAAAAACACAAAUGUUGGAUGUAACUUCACAACCUCACAGUACGAAUGACUUGAAUAAAGAAAAUAUGGAUAUAAAACCGGAAAAUGUAAUAGUAACACCAUCCACAACGCAAUAUAACUCGGCUACCGAGUUAAUGGAACAUGAAAUGUCGAAACCAGGGUACAAUAGUACAUCAGAAGUGCAACUACAAAGUAAAAAAUGCGAUCUGCAAAGCAAUAUUGAUAAAGCUAUAGAGAUACCAAGUCUUUGUUCUGAAGAUGAAGGUGAUUGUAAACCAUCUGAUACAUUGACACUCAAAGAAAAUGAAUUAGAAACAGAUUCAAUGUCUGCUAAUAAUUCGUGUUCAUCAUCUUUUACUCAGAGUCCAGAGUUAAAAACACAGCAUGAGAAUAAUUUUGCCGAAUCAGAUUCUGCAAGUAGGGUAGAAUUUUCUAUCUAUCAAGAAGUGGAUAGUUCGGCAGGAAAAGAGAUAAAACAUGUUUCGGAAAAAGAAUCUGAUUCGUCUGUUGAAAGUCAUAAACGAAAUGACAAAAAUGAUAAUAUCCCAGAAUUUCAUAAUCAAGAAAAGCGAUUAAUAAGUCCUGAUAAUGAGAACAUGAAAAGCCUAAUUGGUUCUAAUACACAUUCGGUACAUAGUUACAAUAAAGAUAGUAAAAAAAUCGAAAUUUCACAACAGAAUGAAAUUUCAGGAGAUUCUGAAGAAACGAAAGAAGAAACGUUCGUUGAUUCGUUUAUCAAAAGCUCUGUGCCUGAUAUUAAUACUGAAUUAGGUUUCACAGACAACUCUACUGUUACUAGUUCAGAAUCAGUUGAACAAUGUAACAAAGAUGCACUAGUUCCUACAAUAAGUAGCUCAGAUGAUGCUGGCACUCAUGAUGCUUCAAUUCAUGAAAGUGUUAAAGUGCAACCAGAUUCUGAGAAGUCGUCCUUUAAAGAUGAAUGUCCUAUUUACAAUGUAUUACCAGAGACAGUACCUGACGCAAAUAAUUUUAAACCAUCCAAAUCUGAUGCAGUUGAAGUUAAAAAAGAAAUGAAUAUAUCUAAUAUAGUUCAAACUGCAACAUUAGAAGACCGAAGUUCCUGUGUUGAUCAAGAUUUGAAUAAGGAUAUGAUUAUUGAUGAUAAAUUAAUGAAAUCUGAUGAACCUUUAAAUUUAAAUGAAGAAAAAGCAUGUUCUAAUGAAAACUUAUCACGUAUGGAAGAUAUACAUGAUGUUUCAUUUGAAUUAUGUUCAUCUUCUGAUGAAACAAAUAAAUUUGGUGCUGUUCCUGAAAAAGAAAUAAUGGAGGACAUUAAUUUUGUAGACAUUCAACAAAAAUCAAUUUCAGAAGAUGAUAAAAAAAUUGAGCAGGACAAAAAUGAUAAUAUGGAUCAAAACAAAGAUGCUAUGAAACAAAGUGAAAAGAGUAACGAAGAAUAUGAAGAGCAAACCUCUACAAGUAAUAUUGUAGAAGACACAAAUAAUAAACAGCAAGAAAAUGUUCUUGAAAAACUAGAAAUAGAGGAAUUAAAAUUGAAUCAAAUGAAUACAAAUUCUGUAAAUUCACAGGAGCCAAGCAAAAUUAAACAAUCUUUAGUUGCAAAUUAUGAGAGCAGUGAUUCUAAUGAUGGUAGUGAUGAUGUUUUUGAGACUACUCCAACAGGGUCAAUUGAAAAUAAAGAUAAUUUGUUUACUAAUUUAGAAGAAACAAUGACUAGUAAUAAUGAUACAGAAAGUAUUGAAGAACAACCUAUGAAUGAUGAGGUACUAUCUAAUGAAUUACAGAAUACAGUCAUUAAUAAUCAACAAAUAGAAUCAACAUCAGAAAACAAUAUUGAAAAAGAAGUAAGGGAACAAGCUGAAUAUAAACAAGAGAAAGUAAUUAAGGAAGAUGUAAGUGAAGAAGGGCGUAAUUGCACUGUUAUUCCAUAUGAUAUAAAUAAAAAAUCAAUUACAAAUGAAAACAAAAAUAUUCAUAGCUCUGAGGAAAGUGGUAUUACAAAAUUAAUAAAAGCAGAGGUAUGUUCAGUUUCUUCUGAAACUGAUUCAAUGAACAAAAACAGUAUAAACUCACCAUUAACCAAAACAAAUAAUUUAAUAAAUCAGAUAAGUCAAAUAGAAAAUAAUGGUUUAGUUCAAGUUACAGAAAAAGUAAUGAAUGCACUUUCUGAACAAAGAGAUGAUUCUCAAACAGUGUAUUCUAUACAAAACGAAAUUGAAACUCAUAAACAAACAAAAGAAGACAUUGAAUUUAAUGAUAUUAAUAAUGAAAUAACAUGCAAAAAUUUAAAAGAACAGUCUUUGAAACCUCUGGAAGAGAAAUUAAUGACAAGUUUAGAUAAUGAUAUCAAGUUUAUUAAAGCUGAAGGUAUAGAACGUGUCGCGGAAGAACUUCCGAUUAUGGAGUCAUACAAUAAAUUAAAGGAAUUUUCAGAAUUCAGUGACAAAGGAAAUAAAUUUGAUAUGCAUUUACAUGGAGAAAGUAAUUUAAAUAAAGAUUUGUCUGAUGGAGGUGAUACAAACAUUCACCCUGUACGAAAUAUUUUACCACUUGAUAAAUUUGACAAUAUAUCCUCAGGUGUAGAUAAAUCAGAAAUAUAUAAAAAUAAUAUUUCAACUAUGCCAAAAGAUAUUAAAUCUAUGGAUAAUUCACAAUUUGUAAAUUUUAUAUCUGAUAAAUCAGAAAAUUUGGAUAUUAUGGAUAAUCAUGAGAAGCAAAAUGAAUCACUUCAUAUUAUAAGUAAAGCAAUAGAGUCCCUUCCUGAAAACUCAGUCUCAAAUUUAAAUGAUAGUUCAGCGAUUUUUAAUGCACAAGAAACGGCAUCGAAAUCAACGACUGUAAUAAACGAUUUUAAAAAGGAAGCUAGUAAAAGAUUAAGCGAUGUUUCUGAUAUUCAAGAUGUUCCUCCAUUAAAAUCUAAACCACCGUAUGUAGAGUCCAAUGAACAAAUAUUAGAGGAUUUAACAAUUUCCAAAGUGCAAUUGGAUCAAAAUUUGGAUAGUUUUAAACAAGUAGAAAUGCCGAUCUGCGAAGCUAAAAUAAGUGAGGAUAUAGUAUCCGAUAGUACCAUAGAACAGUUAGCAAAAAACGAAUACAACAUGAUGGCUAAUACAACAGAUAACACACUGAAUGAAGUUGAACAAAAGCAUAAUGUUGGAAGUGAUGAGAAAAACGAAAACUCAGAAAUUCAAAGUGUCGAGGUGAAAGCAAUCUCUAUAGCAUCUGACGAUUCUAUGGGAGUAGACAACGAAAAUUUAUUCAGUACAGCUCCUGAAGAAAUGGAUCCUUUAGCGUGUACUGAUGACGAUACAUUGAAAAAAUUAGGUGAUAAUGAGCCGGCUGAUAACUCUGCGCCAAAAAUAGGUUUACGUGUUAAACCCGUGUCUGAACUUACUUACGAUGGAUGGAAAUUAGAUUCCACCGUAUCUUCUAAAGUGUCCCGCAAGCGACGUAACAGUUCCCAUGAAUCGAACUCGGAAGAUAUGAGCGCGAAACAAGACGACGAAGAAAUGAUGGGAGGUAAAAGAAUAAAAUUACGGUCAAAACGUAUGCCUGAUAGGCAAUUACGAAAGUCUGUGGAGGAAAGUCGCGUUGUAACAAUAAGUUCUGACGACGAGGCUGUGAAGUGUAAUCGUGAAAAAUUGGAAGAUCAAGACGUUAAGGAUGUCAGCGAUGACCAAAGCGCUACUCAUUCAGUCGCAAUUGAAAGAAAAGGAAGAGGACGUCCGAGAGGAAGAUGGAGACGUGGUUAUAGAGGAAGCUGGCGUUCAACUCGACCAAAGCAUUCUGAGAUUCGGAGCAGUCAAACAUCAGAGAUAUCACCCGAUGUUCAUCUUGAUGAAACACCAAGUAAUAACGAAUCUUUGAACAUGACACCGAUUUCACAGAAGAAACGAAAGAAAAGGAAAAUGGUUUUGGGUCUAGAAAUAGGAAGGGAUAUUGUUCCCGAAAUACAGGCAGGAUUGGCCCAAGAUGAAACACCUGUAAGACAAUCUAGAAGAAUCGCGCAAUUGAAGAUUAAAGAAGAAGCGGAUAGACGAAGAAUUGAAGAAGAAACUUCGAAUGAAAGGAAAGACAAGAAAGAUUGUACGGAAAAGAAGAAGCGGAAGAAACAAAAACCUGAAAGCGAAGAAGAAAUCGUAAUUAAAGAAACAGAGAAAGAAAAGAAAUCUAAGAAAAAACGUAGGAAAAGGAAAAAGAAAAAAAUGCUGGCUAAAUUCAAUGAAGCAAAUCCAUGGCAAAGUUCUUCAGGUUCUAGUAGUGACGAUGAAAAUGAAAACGACGAAGAUGAAGAUGAAGAAGAAGAAAUUGAGAGCGAAGGAUCUUUGCUUUUUAAAAGCGACCACGAAUUUUCGCCGGAAAGUGAUCUUGAAAAGGAUCAAGAAUCUGAACCAUUAAGAAGAGCAAGAACUGCACAAAAAGCUCAAAGCGAUGUAGAAGAAGCAGAUGAUGAAUAUGCUUGUCAAAAAUGUAGCAAAGCAGAUCAUCCAGAAUGGAUACUUCUAUGCGAUUCCUGUGACAAAGGUUGGCAUUGUUCUUGUCUUAGACCUGCCCUUAUGUUAAUACCAGAAGGUGAUUGGUUUUGUCCUCCAUGUCAGCAUAACUUGCUGGUAACUAAAUUACGAGAAAGCUUAAAAACAUACGACCAAUUAACGAAAAGGCACGAAAAUGAGGUUUUAAGAAAAAAACGACUAGCAUUUGUUGGCAUAAGUUUAGAUAAUGUUCUCCAUAAAAAUGAAGCACAACGUCAUCAAAAAGGAUCAAAGACGUCUAGCCAAGAGUCUGACAAUGAGUCCUCAUCUGCUUCAUCUUCCUCAAGUUCAGAAACGUCUAGCAGUGAGGAAAGCGAACCUGUGUAUCAGUUACGUGAAAGACGAUGUGCAAACAGAUAUAAAUUUAAUGAUUAUGAUGCAAUGAUCAAUGCUGCAAUUCAAGACGAGGUAGAAGCUGUUCAGGGAGCCGGCAAUCAAGGAAGAGGAAAAGAUAUUGCAACUAUAGUAAACGCGGAAAAAGAGGAAGCACAGCUUCAUUUUAAGGACGAAGUACUAAAUAUGGAAGAAACUCCAGAGAACAAAGAUGAUAUUGACAGAAAAUCUGAGAAAGACAGCGAUGAAGAAUAUAAAAUGGAAGGAGAAGACGGUAUGGACGAAGAAGAAGAAGAACAUAAAGGAGUAGUGAAGAAACUUUUGUCGCGUAAGAAACAUCGUAAAUUGAAUAGUCUUGACAUAAGCAGCGAAGAUGAUCCGGAAAGUGACGAAGACUUCAAAGGCACAAGUUCUGAUGAUGAGGAAGAUUUCGACGAUCACAUGACAUCUUCCGAUGAGAGCACUUUUGCUGAUGUAAAACGUCGAGGCAAAAAGGGAGAUUCACGAUCAGUACGAAGAAGCACUAGAGCCAGAACUACUCGUUAUGACGAAGAUUUUAUAAAUGAUGACAGUGAAGAAAGUGAUAGACCAAAGAGAAAAAAGUCUCGAUCUACAUGGGACUCAGACAACGAAGACAGUGAUAACUCAUGGCGACAAAGGAAGAAAAAAAGUAGAACUAUACCAACAUCGAGGUAUAAACCAUUACCAAAAACGAAGAGCAGAAAGAAAAAAAAGAGAAAACGUAUAAUUGAAUCAGAUAAUCAAAGCGAGAACGAUGAAUCGAACGAGGAACCACGAAUUGAAACGUCAUGUGAAAUGCAACCACAAUUGGGAAACAGCGAAUCUGCAAUGCCCGAUGCAUUAGAUAUGAAGCUUGAGAAUAUAAAUGAAAAUAACGAAGACAAAAAUGUUGGUGAAAUAAAAGACAUGAAAUUGCAAGAAAUAAACCCGGAAAUGUCUGAUAUACCUGCCGUUCUACCAUUAGAAGAGAUCACACAACAAAAGAAAAAGAAAGAAAAUGCAGUGAAAACAAAGAAAACUCCAACAAUUAGGAGAAAAAUUAUAUACGGUGGUCUUCCAGAUGAGAAUAAACCGGAAGAGGAAGAAAUCUUAAGCAGACGAACUCGCGGUAGAAAAAUUAACUAUCAAGAAGAAAUAGCAUCAGAUAGCGAAGAGGAGUUAAAAAAGGCAUUAAGAAGAACAGGAGAAAGCGAAGAUGAGUUUGUUGUAAACGAAGGUGAAGAUUUGAACGAAGAUGCUGAAAAAGAUUCAGAUUCAGGCGAUAUUUAUAAUCCAAAAAAAGAUGGCCAUAAAUUUAAGAAUAAAUCGCCAAAGAAUAGAAAACCCAGGAAAAGCAAAAGUCCCAGUGGUAAACGAAGAAUGUUAAACGAUGGAACGCCGAAACAGAGAAAAAAGCCUGGUCCAAAACCUGGAAGUAAAAACCGGUCACGUAAACAAAGCUUUCUACUUGGUUCUGUAAUUCAAAGAAGAGACGACCAAGAUGGCGAAAAGGAUAUUAUGGUGAAUGUCAUGGACAAUCCUAUAGGAGAGAUAGACUCGAAAAUUGAUGACAAUCUUUCGGAAAAUGUAGGAUUGAGUGGUACGGCUAUGUCGGUAGCGGGUUCGUUUACUGGAGAUGUUCCCGAAGGUUCCCUAACGGGUCUUGGAGCCGGUGAAUUAGCCGAAUUGGAUGACGAACAAUUAGAACAAAUGAUGAUGGAAGAUGAAGAAUAUGGCAGACGUCAGUUAGAGCUUGCAGCUAUCGAAAUAGCGAAGAAAAAGAAAAAAGAAGAUCGAGAAGCAAAGAAGCUGGAGAAAGCACGGUUAAAAGCGUUAGAAAUAUUGGCAGCUGAGAGACAACGGGAUCCUAACGCGCCGGAUGGAACUGACGGAGACGUACCAAAGAAGAAGAAAAGAGGUCGCCGUAGUAAAGCAGAAAUUCUUGCAGAACAAAUGCGCAGGGAUGGAGCUCCAAAUCUGAACGCUAGUAGUUUGUCUGUCAGCUUGUCACAAAGCAAUAUGUCAUCUAGCAUUAAUCCUAACAUGUCCGCAGUUAUGACACCUGAUGCGGAAAGAACAAGCGAAGGACACAUUCCUAUGAUGACAGGACCAGACGGGCAUCUUUUUAACCUCGACGGAUCACCCAUGAAACCCAAAAGAAGAGGCCGUGGAAAAGGUAAAAAGACUCUUGCAUUGGAGGCAGCUAGAGCCGCAGAGGCAGCAGCAAAAGCUGCCGCUGAGGCUGGUUUGCUAGGAAUUGGCACUGAUUCGAAUUCAGAGAUAAAACCUGGUGAAAUCCCAAAUGUACUUCCCACACCAGGCAGUAGCACCUCUGGUUCGGCUCCGUCCACACCACCUGCUGGUGUCGUUACAACACAAGGACCACCUUCCUCGCAGACACCGACGUCACAGUCUGUUUAUCCAACGUUGCCGCCUAACCAACAGUCUUCCGUCAUCACCAGGAUGCUUCAAUCUCAACCCGUCUCAAGUAGUCCACAAUCGUUCUCUGUUGCGGCUGCAGCAAUGGGACACAAAUACUUCGGUGGACCUAACGCUGGAGGUCAAAUGAUCGGCGGGCCUAGGACGGGUUACGAAAUGCAACCUCGUGGAAGAAUUCCCUCUCCGUAUAGACAAGCUGGACAAUCCUCUAUGCCACCACACUUUGCGGCUGUAAGAUCAGGAACUCCACCUAUGAGAAUGAGAGUACCUGGUUCGCAAAUGUAUCACACACCACAUCAUCCCAUGGAUCCCUCUCCGUCAGGUGGUGGACCGAUAUCGAUUAAUAAUCGAGAUCGUAGUUCUCCACUCGGGCCUGGGCCCGCGAUGAUUCCGCCAGCUGCCGGAAGUCCUCUAGCCAAAGGUGGUCCUACGCCUCCUCCUCCUCCUCCAUACGUCAGAGGAGCACCUCCCAUGUCCAGGUUUGCAGACAAUCCAAUGGGUCCUAGGCAUCAAAUGCCACCUUUUACGAAUGCAUCACCGGUCAGUCAUAAUAUGCAACAACCAUCACCGCCCCCUAAUCGACCACCCGGUAAUUUUUCACCGUAUCAUCCUCCACCUCCCCCCAAUUAUCACUAUGGUGCCUACCCACCUCCUCCGCCUAUGUCGACGGCAGAUGACGCAGCCGCAUAUCAAGGCUCUCCGUAUCCCGCGGAUCACUUUUCAUCCCCUGCGGAUAAUCAACCACCCAUUCAAGCACCACCACCACCUCAACCUCCACCUCAACAGCAGGCACAUCCGAACGAUGCUGGUGCUGGUAAUAAACAAUACGACGAAGAAGGUUCCGGAGAAUUUGGUGGUUUAGUAUCAUACUUCAGUAGCCAGAGAGAGGACGAUCUUGAUUCGUAGCAUGAGUGAGAUCUUGGCCAACCCUGAAUCGUUAUAUAGGAGAUGCAUUAGGCAAUGGUGUUUUAACGGCCCAGGUAAGAUCGCAACUUUUGCUCGAGAGGGACAAGUACAAGAGAAACAUAAAAGAAGUUAGUAACGUGUAA